AUGCUGAAAUCCAUCUUAAUUUACCAUGGAUCAAACAGCUCGGAUACACUAACACUCCAGUACUUAGUUAUUUAUGAAUCUGAUUUAUCUAAAAAUGAUGAUGAAACACUUAUUGAUUAUGAUUUUAAACGAGAAAUGCUUGUCUAUCCUCAAGUUCAAUCUACUGUUCUCGAAGGUAUUUUGCGUUUAGAAACGGAAAAAAUUUCAAUAAAACCACUUGAUAAUUAUUUUGCUCUAGUAAUCACAUCAGAAAAACAUAUGAUAAAAAUUGGAGAAUAUUUAGUUAAUUAUAAAUCUGAUAUUGAAAAACAUGAACAAAGAUGA